UAAAGAAAGAGAACACAAGUCGCGCGCUGACGUGCACGUGCUGACUGAAACGAUCAUCGACAGAAAACUUUCUUUGUAAAAGAACUACAAAACUUUUUCUCGCAAUAUCUCCUGUGUACUGACACCACGUGCGCGAGAUCUGUGUACUCCUGAAAAGAAUGCGGUAUACUGCCCAGGGCCAGUAGCCAAUCAGAGAAUGGCCUUACGCAGACUCCUCCCCUCAGACAGCCGUCUAGCCGGCCUUCUUCCUCUUCUUCCAUCACAGCACAUGUGUGAGAGAAACAACUGAGACGUGAUGAGGAUCCAGACGGCGGCUCGACUCUCUCUUCUCCUCAUGUACACUUUAUCAGCGGCUGUGAAGGGAACCGGUAACAUCACAGAUGCUGUGGGAGAGACGCACACUACGGAAGCCGUACACACCCUGCCGGUGGUCAAAUCCAGCUUCCAUGUCUACCACGAAGGGAACCUGUUUGAGGAGACCUGUGCCCUCGUACCAUUCAGAUCGGACACCUUGGACAGAUGCGCUUACAACACGAGCUAUGACCUCGUUCUCAUCAUCCACGGAUGGACGAUGAACGGCAUCAUGGAACAGUGGAUCUUCAACAUGGCUUCUGCUUUAAAGUUCAGGAGGGGUCAGGUCAACGUGAUCAUCAGCGAUUGGAGGAGUCUGGCCCUGCAGCCUUAUCCAAUCGCAGCCAAGAACAGCCGUCAGGUGGGCCGGGACGUGGCGACGCUGCUCGAGUGGCUGGAGGGAGCCGUCCAGCUGUCCAUGGAUAAAGUGCACCUGAUUGGCUACAGUCUGGGAGCGCAUGUGGCGGGAUUCACCGGGAGUCACUUCAGAGGACAGAAAGUUGGCCGCAUCACUGGUUUGGACCCCGCAGGGCCGCACUUCGAAGGGGUCCCGGCGUUCGACAGACUGUCACAUGACGACGCUCAGUUUGUUGAUGUCAUCCACACCUUUGCUAAAAGCAACAUAAUGCCUGGAGUUGGUAUUAAACAGAUCAUCGGUCACGUGGACUUCUAUCCUAACGGAGGAACGUUCCAGCCCGGCUGCAAGAUGUUCGACAUCUACAGUAACGUUUAUCAGUACGGACUGCAGGGUGUACCCAAAACCAUUAAAUGCAGUCAUGAACGUGCGGUCAAACUCUACACCGAAUCACUCCUCAACACCAGCCAGCCCAUAAUGGGCUUCCGUUGCCGCGGCGACAGCACUUUUAAUAAAGGCCUGUGUAUGGACUGCAAACACGACCGCUGUAACAAGCUCGGCUACGACAUCAGACGCGGGCGGGCGGGCAAGAACACUAAAGGCCUCUACUUUAAAACGGGCCCGGAGACGCCGUAUAAAGUGCUUCACUACCAGAUCAGAGUUCUGCUCAUGAAUGUGAUCGAAACUGUCGAGGCCUCCGUGUCCAUCACGCUCAACGGAACCAGAGGAGAGAGCGGAGAAUUACCCAUAACCCUAUAUCAGAAGAGCUCAGGUGAGAAGAUCUACACGUCUCUGCUCACAGUCAGUGCUGAUCUGGGUCACCUGACGUCCAUCAGGCUGGUGUGGCGGGUCGAGCUGGUCUGGUCCAGCUGGUUGAGACGGGUCAGAAACAUCAUGACCUGGAAUGGAUCCGAUCAGCCCACAGAACUCAGCGUUUGGAGGAUUUGCAUCAAAUCAGGAGAGAAGCAGGAAAAGGUGUGGUUUUGUGCUUCAUCUGGUAAAGUGACUCACCUGAAGCCCUCACAGGAGCAUAAGUUCAUUCGCUGUGACGUCUCAAAGAGAAAACCUUCACCUCAGGAGAAAUCAAACACGACACGAGACGAGUGAAGAACAAGCGAAGAGACGGCAGUCAGAGAUCAACCGAGUCUUUUUAUUAAUGCAUUUCAAGUACUCCAAAAAAAUUACAUCUCUUUGCACAAUACGGUUUGUUAUGUUACGUAAAAAUGUUCAAAGUGAACAAAAAUGAAGUUACUGUAUAAAACACAGUGAACAUUUA